AUGACCGAUCGUCGAUUGCAGUUGGUUGUACUGGCAUUUAUCACCUUCGCUAUUUUCUCCGAGGCAGUUUCAAAUCUUAAAACUCGUCUUAAUCGUCCAGCUUUCGAAUUUUUCUCAAAAACUGCACAUCAUGUGAUUGACGUUGAAGUGCCGAAGAUCUCACUGCCAGAUAUCACGCUCGAUAUUCAUGCUGGACCCGGCAAAGGCACUGUCUCAGCCUAUGACUUGAAAAUUAACAAAUUUCAGUCUCCAUUAUUUGAGUUCGUCCUGACUGAUGAAGGAAUAGCAUGGACAUCACGACAAGGCACAGUCAAACUAAAAGGCAGAUGGCAGGCUGAAUACACAAUUUUGCUUCCGGUAAAAGCUUCCGGAUGGAUGAAUGUGUUAGCCUCAGAUAUUCAAAUGAACGUUUCCGCCAAAGCGAUAGCCUUUGAUGAUCGACCUCAAAUCGAAGUCGGAGAGUGCGAAGCAAACGUUGGAAAUUUUGAUCUUGAGAUUGGAGGCGGUGUUCUGCCUUGGUUGGUUAAUCUAUUCCGAGCUGAUGUAUCGCGUGCAGUUCAAAAAACUAUUCAUGAACAGGCCUGUGAGGCUGCCCAGUCCAUUCUGCUUACCAAUUUUAACAAUUUUCUUCUUUCCUUGCCUCUGCACCUACCAGUUGGUCAAGAUUUUUAUGUCGACUACGCUGUAGAGAAAAAUCCAAAUUUUACGAGCAAAUAUGUCGAAGCUGAAGCUGCCGCCGAGAUAUUAUACGAAGAUCACUCGUGUCAUCCAGAAAGAAUUGAAGGAUGGACAGAUAUGAUUUUUCAAAAUUAUUAG